CCGGCCCUGUCGCCAUUGAGCAAAGCUAAUAUUCUUCCGGCAUAUGGUCCCCCAAAAUCUUUGCUAAAGAUCCAGGAAAACAAACAAACAAAACAACAAAAUCCCCGGGCCACCUCUCCCGGAGCCCCACCCCACCUCCCGGCUUGCUGCAAACUUCCUGGCCCCCGGACGGUGCACCGCGGGACACCGCGGUCAGGGCGGGCGGGGACCUGCUGCUGGGAUGCGGCUCCAGCCGCGCAGCUGAGUGCGACGCGGGAGCUCCGGAGCCGCUGGCGUGGAGGAGGAACCUGAGUUUGAGUGAAGUGAAGAGACUUGGGUGCCUGACCCCACAGAGCUGGAGCAUCAGUGAAAGCAGUGAGAUAUUGACACUAUAGAAAGAAACUGACAGCCUACUCCGUGUAUUGAUCCUGCUCUUCUCUACAAACACGACUCGACUCCCUACCACAGCCUACAGUUCUGCCCCAGAGACCACAAGUAUGAAUACCACAGACAGUGGUGUCAACUGUCUAUGUGCCAUCUGUGGGGACAGAGCAACAGGAAAGCACUAUGGGGCAUCCAGCUGUGAUGGCUGCAAGGGGUUUUUCAGGCGCAGCAUUCGGAAAAGUCACGUUUAUUCCUGCAGGUUCAGUCGCCAAUGUGUUGUUGACAAGGACAAAAGGAAUCAAUGUAGAUACUGUCGAUUACGAAAGUGUUUUAGAGCAGGAAUGAAAAAAGAAGCUGUUCAAAAUGAACGUGACAGAAUAAGCACCAGAAGAAGCACGUUUGAUGGCAGUAACAUUCCCUCCAUAAACACUCUGGCACAAGCUGAAGUUCGGUCCCGCCAGAUCUCAGUCCCUAGCCCCAGUGCAAAUACUGACAUAAACGUUAAGAAGAUUGCAAGCAUAAGUGACGUUUGUGAAUCUAUGAAGCAGCAGCUCUUAGUCCUGGUGGAAUGGGCCAAGUACAUCCCUGCCUUCUGUGAACUGCCCUUGGAUGACCAGGUGGCCCUGUUGAGAGCUCACGCUGGAGAACACUUACUGCUUGGAGCCACAAAAAGAUCCAUGAUGUAUAAAGAUAUUUUGCUUUUGGGAAACAACUAUGUCAUCCACCGUAACAGCUGUGAAGUUGAAGUCAGCCGUGUGGCCAAUCGAGUCCUCGAUGAGCUGGUUAGACCAUUCCAAGAGAUCCAGAUAGAUGACAAUGAGUAUGCAUGUUUGAAGGCCAUUGUGUUCUUUGACCCAGAUGCAAAGGGCCUGAGUGACCCCGUGAAAAUUAAGAACAUGCGGUUCCAGGUGCAGAUCAGCCUGGAGGACUACAUCAAUGACCGGCAGUAUGACUCCCGAGGCAGGUUCGGAGAGCUGCUCUUGCUGCUGCCAACACUGCAGAGCAUCACGUGGCAGAUGAUCGAGCAAAUUCAGUUUGUCAAACUCUUCGGCAUGGUCAAGAUUGACAACCUCCUUCAGGAAAUGCUACUGGGUGGUGCUGCCAAUGAUGGUAGCCAUCUCCAUCACCCAAUGCACCCACAUUUGUCUCAGGAUCCACUAACGGGACAAACAAUACUUUUAGGUCCCAUGUCCACACUGGUUCACUCAGACCAGAUCUCAACUCCAGAAACUCCACUCCCUUCCCCACCUCAGAGCUCUGGACAAGAACACUACAAAAUCACUGCAAAUCAAGCUUCCGUCAUUUCACACCAGCCCCUCUCUAAACAAAAGCCGUUGUGAGAAUGUGCUUGCUUCUGAAUGGUACUGUGUAAACGUGAAACACAUUGGUCUUGAAAUGUCUCAGGAUGGUACUUUUGCCAACUUUUUGUCAAGGCUUCUUCAUGGUGCUGUUGUAAGGUGGUAUCCUAUUUUCUUGUUUGUAAACACAUUAUGUUUAUUGUUGCUGUAAAGUCAAGCUUUCACAUGCAACGUAUGUAUAUUUCAAUUUGAAGUUGUUUUAUAGUGUAUUGUUUCCAACUAUCCCUGCACUGUGCCCAAACUACUGGGAUCUUAUGUAUGGCUUUCAUUUUUUUUCAUAAUGUUAAUUUAAAUCUGUAAAUAAUUGCUUUGUUGUGAUGUAAUGUAGAAUUAAGUGUUCUUUUUGGAUAAAAGUAGAUUAGAAAUACUAGGUAAUAUAAAAAGUAAGCAAAUAUUUUAAAGAAUAAAUUGUAAACUUGAAGAUUGGAAAAGGUGAACAGUAGCUGUAGAAUAGAGCGUCUCUUUGAAGGAUAAUACAUCAGAGCCUUCUUUUGCCUGCAGAAAAUGUUUCUAUGUUAAAUGUAGAGAACUAAAGCCAUUUUAAGGAUGACUGGUUCUCUGCAAUGUGACUUUAUUUGAAGAGCUAAGCUAAGGGAAGACAUGUUGCUUUUUUCAGUUAGGAUACAAGCCAAAGUAAAACAAAGACAUACUAAACAAUGGUUCAACCAAAAGGGCAUUCAUUAGAACUUAGUGCAUCCCCACACCAGCUCUCCGGGAAGCCAUGAGAGUCUUUCUAUAGGGACCUGUGUUAAUUAAAGUUCCACAACUCUGUGAGAAAUUAUAUUGAACACAUUUGUGCCAACCCAGCUCUGGUUGGCUUUAAUGAGACUGGGUAAGAAAACAACACAUGAAAGUCUACAGUGUGGUUUUAAUAAUAUACAGGGACAGACCAUGGAAUAGUAUUUGCCAUAGCACUCGUAGAGGCUAACAAGUACAAAACUGUUUACAGUAUUUGCAACGAGGACAAGAAACCAGCUUUGUACCUUUUGCAAUCCUCACAUCUUCACCUAAAACCCUGAAGAUGAUGAAAAGUACACUAGAUUGUUUUGAUGACUUAGGAAGUUUCGCAACAAAGGAAUAUAUUGAACAUCUACUUCUAGACUGAGAAGUACCCCAACUACUUAAGAUUACCCACACCUUGUGUUUAUUUUAAAAUCAUCAAUGAUAGGACACCUCAUGAAGCAGCAAUGGCUCCUACUCUCUUUCUUCUUGCCUCUCUUGUUUUUUCCUCUCAUAUUUACAGAAGUAGUCGAAAUUGUUGAAUAUGAAAUUGUAAAUAUUAUUUUUUAAGUAGACGAAAUUGAGCACAUAUCAAAUGAAAAAAGCAUCUGAAGCUGCAAGAUUUUGGUUAAAGUUUUUCCAGGGACCUUCACAGUUUCUCUGAUUAUGAGUCAUAAUUUCCACCUACCUACAAGUGCAAAGAUCAUUUUAAUAUUAACUAACUUGGCUCUAAAAGUAAAGUAAUAUGACAACUAUCAGCAGUUUCUCAGAGCCAACUGUAUUUCUUCAAAUGCUAUUAUCCUUGUGAAACUAAAAUAUAGUGUUGGUGGAGUGAGGAGGAAGAGAGAGAGAAGGAGAUGGAAGGUUCCUUAAUUCUUAUAUUUUGAAAUAUUACUCUUGUUUCACAAAAUAAGUAAGUUACUAAAUUUCAUGAGUACAAAUAUCAUCUGUAGGUUUUUAUUUACUUAUUUAAUGUUAUUCUCCUACAAGAAAAAUAUGCUCUAUCUUGGUCACCAUAACAAAAUGUCAUAUGCUGGGAAGAAUAAACAAUGGAAAUUUAUUUCUCAUAGUUCUGCUCAUAACAAAGCCCAAGAGCAAGAAUUAUCAGAUUCUCUCUCUGAUCUGUAGAUGCCGAUUGUGAGAGCUCUCAGGGGACCACUUUUGCAAGAACACCAUUCUCACUCAUGAAGGCCUGCCCUCAUGACCUCUUCACCUGCUAGCAUCCCGCCUUUGCAUAACAUCACACAUUUGGCUUCCUUGAAACAUAAAUGAGGAGACAUAUGGGCAUUCAGACCAUAGAAAAUAAUUUUAGAAUAAAAAUCAUAAAAUUUAUAUUGUUGUGAAUAAUGUACUCGUAAAGAUUUACUAAGGAGAAAUUAGAAAUUAUUGCUAAUAAUUUUGUCUUAAUAUCUAUGGCCAGGGAAUUUGUACUAUAGUAUUUUUAUAUGUCAAGCUACCAGAAAUGGUAGACAAAGAAAAAUUGAUAUUUUCAGUGUAUUAUCAUGAUAUUGUUAAGAAAAGUCAUUGCUUUUAUAUAAUACACUUUUUCAGGUGAUAGAUAUAAAUAAUUUAUUGUGAUAUAUCAAUUCAUUUUAUAAAUGCAAAAAUUAUUUUUAUAAAUUUCAUUGUUGAAAAUCAGAAAUGAGUAGUUUUUUAAAUGUUGGAUUACAGUGAGAUUAAAAUAUUUCUAAACUGUGAUGCCUGCUUUACUGAGCUUUCUAAAUAAAAACUGAGAAAAUAUAGCUAAAAUGGGAUGCUUCAUCAGUAUUUAAAACUAUUAUCAUAAUUUUAGAAAUACAUUGUCCAUCAUGUUUUCAUUGUGUUUCACUGGAGGAAGAAAAGCUCAUCUCCUAGUAUUGAAAGACUUAGACUCUGAGGGAAAAGAUAAUUCUUAUAUAUA